CCCAUGCUGAAAUGUGGAAGAAGACCGCGGGCUGGCGAGUCAUCCUGCAAGAAUCAGGAAGCGUCGUCAACAACUGGUUCCUCGCUAAAUGGACGCAGACGGGCAACGGCUCGCCAUGUCCACUUCUCGUGCACAAGCAGAGUUGAGGCUGCUGGUGCUGGGCCGCGCCGGGGCAGGAGGGCGGUCGGCGGUCUGCAGCAUCUUGGGCCUCCCAGACAGCCUCCCGGCGCAGGAAAGCGACGAAAGCAGGGAGUGUCGCAAACUCAGAGGAGAAGCUGCAGGCAGACGGGUGCUGGUUGUCUCCAGUCCAGACUGGUUCGGUUCAGACUGCGAUGCAGACACAAGAAGAAGAUACAUCUCGUCCUCGAUUACUUUAACCAGCCCGGGGCCACACGCGUUUUUGUUGUGCGUCCCUGUGAACCAGCCAGCGGAUGUCGAGACCAAAACGCUUGAUGUCCUGGCGAUGCUGUUGGGCCCCUCGGCCAUCACCAAAAACACCAUCAUCGUCUUCACCAACAUGGACGAGCUAGAGGAGGACGAGAGGCUGGAGGAUUACCUGGCUACGUGGCGCAAGGAUCUCGGCGCGCUGGUGAAAAGAUGCGGCGGUCGAUAUCACGCCUUGACGACCUGCAGCGGGGAACAGGAGGAGAGCAAAGCUGUUGAGGAGAUGCUGGAGAAAGUUGAACAGGCGGUGGAAGAGAGCGAGGCUCCGCACUUCAGCUGUCCUUUGUACCAGGAGGUUAGUGAACGUGUGCGGAAGAGGCAAGAUGAAAUAGUGAGACGGAGGAGGCACGAAGCACAUGGGGAGGCCUCAUCUCUUGUGGACCCAGAUGUGACCGAUCAAGACAUGGAGGAGGUCCUUGAAGAGGCAGAAAGAACCAUAGGAGACUUAGAUUUGGACCUAGAUGAAGUUUUUCCCUCUUCUGUGAUCCCAGUUUCUUCUGCUGCCUCCCCUCUGGGUGUCCUCUGGGCGAAGUUGGUGGGAUGGUUGAAGUGGGUGCCCACCAUGGUGAGAAGGGAGGCCUUGUUCGGGGCUCUGGUCGGGCUCUUUGUCGGGGGGCCCGUCGGAGGCGUGCUGGGUGCCACUGUGGGAUCGGUGGCUACAGAGGUGACCAGGAGAAAAGCACAAAAGACAAAAUAAUAUACUGUAUUGAAUUGGAUUUAUGCAGUAUAUAAUGCUAAAAGAAUGCAGUAUGCCUUACAUUGCACCGAAAGUCCUUUCACUGUUUCAGCGUGAAGUACACAAAUGUAUUACCAUGGUAACGCCACCCUUGCAGAAUGCACACCAGCUUCUAACGACACGCAGUAUGAUGGUAUUGCUGUUUUAUCCGUGAUAAAACUGUUAAUAAAAGCAGUUACAGCUGGA